AUGUGCGCGGGAGAGGAGAAGGAGGAAGAGGAGAAGGAGGAGAAGGAGGAGGAGGAGGAGGAGGAGGAGGAGGAGGAGGAGGAGGCGGGAAUGUGGUGGGUGCUGCGCAAGUCUACCACCACUGAGAGUUUGGCCGUCGAUUCCGACGAUGUCCACCGUGUGGUACACAGCAAUGUGCAGCAGGCACGGUAACUUGUGCGUGAAUUAGUUUAUAGCGGUAGUAGACUUGCGCAUUAUCUACCAUACUCUCUCUUCCGUACUCCCCACCUGGACACAGUGUCAAGACAGAGUCAAGAAAAUCGGAGGCGUGAGAGGACGCAGAUGGUACCACCACUACAAACUAAUUCAUGCGCAGGUCACUGUCGCUGAGCUCCUAGUGCUGUAGAGUACACGGUGACCAUCGUAGGAAACGAAUGUCAAACGGCUCAGUACAAAAUCUGCGUGUUUCGAUAAUUUCACUAGCCGACAGUAAUACAGUACAACUUAGCUCUAAGUUUAUUUGUUGAACUGCGCUCUAAUACAUUUUUAAACGGAGCGUAACCUACAUCCUUAACUUGUUUUCAAGUACACAAUACUACUGGUUUAUCAUUAGAAAGCUUAUCAGUAGAGAAAGUAUAUUCCAAAACGUGCGCUCCAAAUAAAAGUUGCUCGUCGUGAAAAAUUUUCCCAAUGACCCUCGAAAGUUUAACCCCACAAGCUACUGAAGAAGGACAUAUUUUACAUUGGUUGAAGGAGCUGUUUUACGUCAUCUACCUUCUUAUAGGAACCGAACGAUACUCACUGGCCAUUUUAGUAAAGUCAGUAGAGAGUCGGGACGUGCUCACCAUUUGAAUUUCGCUUAUAUUUUGUGACAAGAGGCGAGCUUCUCCCCUCCCUCAGAUAAACUGAGUUAUCCUCAUAAGGUUUGCUGAAAUUUCCCUGUCAGUGUUCAGAACACCAGUUUGCUUUCAAUAAAUACUCAUCGGGUUAAUACAGUUAUAUGGGAACGGGACAGAAAAAAACAUGUCAAUAAAAAGAGAAAUCGGUUGAAGUUCGUUUAAAACCACAGGCGGGUGCGGAAAAGUGGAAAGGGUGGUAAUACCAGUCAACGUCAGGGACGGAGUGGGAGAGGGAGGGCGCAGAGAGUUGCAGCGUUAGUCGACCUUCGACAACGGUGGGUGCGGAGCGUGAACGUGGUCCUUCUGAGCGCACAAGACUGUUUUCCGUAACCUGAUGAGGACCUCUACUGCUGUUGCUAACAGGUGCUGUUCGAGGACCCUGGGGGAGCUCGAUGGGACCAUAAAAAUCACGCCAAAAGUUUCGCUGAGUCCACACGAUUCCCGGAGCCAACAACAUGUGCGAGAACGGGGCUGCUGAUGCUCCUAGUUUGGCCUUAUCCUAGUCAAGCCGGGAGGUUUUCGCGUUUUCUUUUGGACUGACGCCGACUCAUCCGACAAAAAUAGCCUGCUUCUCAUAAUUUCGGAACAUGCCAACAACGAGACGUGGUCAGAUGAGGCUAGAUUCCUGCGUGGCUGAUGUGCGAGGAGGGCGGCUUCGUGAACGGCCAGGCAGUCAAACAUGGGUCAGUCGUCUGUGUUGUUUGACAACGGGGCACAUUCGUGUACCAAAUUAGAGAAAACUGCUCAGGACAUUUCAGUGGGCACACUGGUGUCUAAUCAUGCUUAAUUUUUAAGCAUUCUUUUAUACCUAGCGCAUACAGUUGGCAGACAAGAUGAUUGGUCGUGUCUGCACUAAGCUAUCAGACCUCGAGAAAUUCUCAGGACAAUCCUGCUUUAGUCGCAGGCGGCUGGGAUUUCAGCGGUAUCCCCAUUGAAGUGGUGGUCGUUUUCGAGUAGACACGCAAAAAAAGCCGGAGGCAAGGUGCCGUGCCGACUGACGGCCGGCCAGCUUGCGUCCAUUAAUGCAAACUUCAAGGUGUCGGCCUGUACGGCCACAGUUCACGUAAGAACAGUCAGCACGCAUGAGGUGCGAUAACUAACAGGAUUUUUCUGCAAUUUUAUGACAGAACCUUAUGCUUCUGACAGGGCUGCGCGUCUGCAAAACGUAGUCUUGCAGUCAGAUUCAAGACCGAGUCAGACGUGUCCUGACUUAAGACGCUUUGACGCAUCCUAUAAAUGCUGCAGCCCCUUAUGCCCCUUAUCUGCUUUUGUCUCUGAUGAUGGUUUCGAGCAGGAAUCCGAAACGUCAGGCUAAUAAAGCUCUUGUCCCAGCGAUCGUGUCGCCUCCCUCAAGACUACUUCCUGGGACUCGUCUCUUCGCAUCUAUUCAUUCAAGUUCGUCAAUGGUCAAAAUCGGAAAGGCCGGAACCAGCCUACACCCAGCGGGUAGGUAAAACUAUGGGCAUCGAGCACGGUUAUGAUACGAGGCAGGCAGCAAGGCUAAACAAAUCAAGGCCAACGAACGACUUUUAUGAUGAAAACGAGAGAGUUUCCAAAACGUCUGUAUGAAUACAACUCCGUCCAUGAAAUCGCCUUUUCUUCUUUCUCUAAUUAAAAUGAUGAGCAGGAAUAUUCGCACACCGAUCUAUUGACUUCCUGAGGCAAACCUGCUGCGUAUGGGUGGCCAAGGUCAGGAACAGGCAACCAAAUUAGAAGCCAAAGUCGGCCAAAUUAAAAUAUCAGAGACGAGGGACGACAGAGGACGUGGGUGCUGUUUCGGGCGUAUUGAUUUAGAUGCCACGUUCAGACAUCGCAAGGAAAUAUGAAGGAGAGGGGAACGUAUCAAUGCAUAAUGACGCAAACGGCGGCCACUUACUGGCGCAAACGCCGAACAGGUAUCGAUUUUUUAAAACAGGUUUGAAAGGCUAAACGUUUUAGCACAUUUACUCAACGCCUGAAAACGAACUGGGAGACCAGCGUCACACAUUUAUCCACUUAAGUCUGCUACCGUUAAUUGACCUCAAAUCAUGUUUCUUGAGAUGCCUGCGAAAUUCUGAAACGCGUUUUCGAUUAGGAAGGAUAACUUAGGUGGGAUCGUAAUAUUGAUUACCUUUCAUUAGAGUCCUAUAGUUUUUUGAACUCGUCUGAAUGUCAGUUUUUGAAUACACUUCUUUUUGACCUCCUGUAGAAACCGCACUCGGCAAAAAAAUGACUACUUACUUAGCAUCCAUUUUCACAUUGACUGUCGUUGGUCUUAUACAGUCGAAUAUAUUUUGUCGUAAACGUGCUUGAUAGAAAAUUAUGCCGUCUUUCGAUGUUAUACCCUAAUAAAGAGUGCAUUGAAGUUUUGAAAAGAAUCUUAAUUAUGCGAUUUUUAAAAACGUGCAAUGUCCUUUCGUACGGCAUCGUACCUGUUGUAUUACUGAUGCUCUUCAUGAAAUGUAUACCAUAGUCCGAAUUCACUGCAACAUUUUAUGAAAUCUGUAUGGUAUCUUCUUAGAGGCAUAGGGGAAUAUAUGAUUUUCCCUACGCGGAAAGCAUGCGCCUGGUAGACUGAAUUCGUUUAACACUAGUGCAACGUCAGCUUAGGCUCAAAAUUAUUCGGGAAUAGGGAAGAUAUUUCAAAACCUAAAUACACUCUUUAUUGGGGUAUCAAAUGUGUAGACAGCGUACUUUUCUACCAAAUGAAUAAAAGGAAGCAUAAUAUGUGCGUGUCUUCUGCAAAAUAUAUUCGAAUUUAUGAGACCAUCGAAAAUCAGUGUGGUCAAUUUUUGUCGAGCGUGGUUUCUGCAGGUGGUCGAAAAGAAAUACAUUCGAAAGCCGACAUCCUGGCGAGUUCGAAAAGCAAUAAGACUGGGCAUCAAGAUACUCAAUGUAACAAUCCAACCUAAGUAAUCCUCCAGAAUCAGAAGCACAUUUCGGAAUUUCGGCUAACAGUUUAUGAGAUUGGUCACUCACUGUUUAAUUGGACUAUUUUAACACUACGCAAAUAGUAUGCACAGAUUUUAAGGUGUGUGUAUGCGAAUUUGCAUUGAAAAUUUUGACCAAAGGCUCAGAUGGUGCCACUAUUCCAAGCAAGAGGGAGGAUGGAGCUGUUAAACUGUCUCUUCCACGCACCGUACUUCAUCACCUAGGGUGGCCAUUCCGUCAACACCAGGCACUUAGGGGCCAGAUAAUGCGUCUGCUUUCAAGGCGGAAGCGGUAGCAGGAUGACCUUUAAGUCACGCAAUCCAGUACGCAUCACAUCCCACAGUCACGGUCGUUUACGUAACUUCGCUACUUCGACACCCACAUGCAAAACUGCCCAAUAUGUCUGCCCAAAAAUCUCUCUACGAAGGAAAAAAGAGAAUGCCUCUAUUGUCACCUGCUUGUAUGGUACGCAAACCAAGCCCAAAAUGGUCAUCCACGCAGGUUAAAAUGUCUUCGCACUUUUAACCUCUUAAAGUGGACUGCGUUAGAAGCCCUUCGAUGGAUUCUAUGACAUCUUUGCACCCUUUUUCCACAGGCGCGUAAGAAAUUUCUUGUUCUGGAAAUAGCAAAAAUGAUUUAAGGUAAGUAGUCCUCAAUGCGCUGCGCACGUUUGUCUUUGGCGUUAAAGUUUUUUUACAUCUCACGGAAAGGAAGGCGUUCCUGCUCGUCAAAAUUUUUUAAGGUACUCUUAGUUUGGAACGAACUUAAUGUCCAAACUUGAGGGCUCUUCUCGGCAGUCAUAAAGCAUUCUUUACGUAGGCGGUCAAAAAUGGUUUUUCCCAGCUUCAGUGAGUGACCGAUGUCAUGAAAUGUUGGCCAAAAUUCUGGAAUACGUUUCCGAUUAGGAAGGAUUACUUAAGUGGGGUUGUUAUACUUUCUUUUGCUCAUUUGGUAGGAAAUCACAUUGUCUUUAUAUUUUAUCCCCGAAGAAGGUGUAUGUUUAGGUUUCUAAAAAAGUUCCUCGUUCCCGAAUAAUUUUCAGCUUAAUCUGCCAUUGCAUCAGCGUUUAGCAAUUUCAGUCUACAAGGUGCACGCAUUCCGCGUAAGGAAAAUCAUAUAUUCCUUUAUGCCUUUAAGAAGACAUCAUACGGAGUUCAAAAAAUUUUACAAUGGAUUCGGACUGUGUUGUGCAUUUCAUGAGGAGUAUUAGUAAACGAACAUGCGCGGUCUUGCAUGCAUGUACAUCGCACGGUUUUAAAAAAAUCAAUAUUGGAAACUAUUUAAAAACCUAAAUAUACAAUUUCAUCGGGGAUUAAAUAUAAAGACAAUGUAAUUUCGUACUAAAUGAGAAGAAGUAUAUUUUUGUGCAUGUUUUCUGUAAAAUAUACUUGAAUUUAUAAGACCAUCAAAAAGCAUUCGGAAAACGGAAUGCUACUUAUGUAGUCAUAUUUUACCGAGUAUGGUUUUUGCAGGAGCUAAAAAAGAAAUUCAUUCAAAGGCCGACAUUUUGGAAAGUCCGGAGUGUUAUAGGGUUAUUCUGAAUGAUAAUCAGUAUAACAACCCCACUUAAGUAAUCUUUCCUAACCGGAAACGCACUUCAGUAUUUUAGCCAACAUUUCAUGAGAUCGGUCACGCACUGUAAUAAAGCUCAUAAAUAGCCUGUAGCCUGAGUUCGGACUUGACGGUCUUGCCGUCUUAUUUGAGAUCUGACGUUCUGAAUUCUUACGCAAAUACCGGUAUUAUUACGGCAGUGUGUGCUUAAAUUGAGGAAUGGUCCAUAUCCCCGCUAUCCAGUGAAUUCCAGUUCAUUAUAAGUAGACGUAAUGUCCUGCAUCAUUAACAUGUCAAUUCAAAUUUAGCAAUCAACGCCUGUGGACUAAUACAAAUCGUAGUUGAUAUGUAUAGCAUAAGUAAGCGCAUCAGUGUCAUCUCGUAUUUGUUAAUUAACGAAUUCUGAGCGCGGUAAAUCCGUCGGAUCAAUUUCAGUCUCCGAGAACACAGCUUCACUGUCCAGGUAGACAGCCUUUCCCAUUCUCUCGAAAAGAACGCCUAAUCCUAAUCCUCUCGGUGUGAGGAACGUGAGCUGUCUGAAGGGCUGUUGGUGUUACGAAAAUAGGGCAAUAACUAACCCGGGUACAGUGCGUGACCGACCUCAUGAAAUGUUGGUCGAAAUUACGAAAUUCGUUUUCGAUUAAGAAGGAUUAAUUAGGUGGGGUUGUAAUAUUGAUUAGCAUGCGGCAUAAUCCUAUAGCAUUUCGGACUCGCCAGGAGAUUCGCUUUUAGAUGCACUUUUUUCUGACCUCCUGAAGAUACAGUGUUUGGUAAAAAAUGACUGCAUAAGUAGCAUACAUUUUCCACAUGGACUUUCAAUGUUCUUAUAAAUUAAAAUAUAUUUUUUAGAAAACGUAUACAAAAAUAUGCUUUCUUUUACUCAUUUGAUAGAAAAUCUUAUUGUCUUGAUAUUUUAUACUCGAAGAAAGUGUAUAUUUAGGUUUUAAAAAGUUUUCCAAUUCCCGAACAUUUUUAGCCUGAUCUGUCAUUGCAUCAGUGUCCAGCGAUUUCAGUCAACAAGGUGCAUACUUUCCGCAUAAGGAAAAUCAUAUAUUCCUCUUUGCCUUUAAGAAGAUACCAUAUAGAGUUCAUGAAAUUUUUCAAUGGAUCUGGACUGUGUUGUACAUUUUUUGAGGAGCAUUAGUAAACGAGCAUGUGCGGUCUUGCAUGCGCGAAAAUCGUACGGCCUUAAAAAUCUCAUAAUUAGAAUCUUCUUUAAAACCUAAAUAUGCACGAUGUUCUGGCAUGAAAUAUGAAGAAAAUGUGGUUAUCUACCAAAUGAGUAAAUGAAAGCAUAUCUUUGCGCACGUUUUCUAGAACAUAUAUUUGAAUUUAUAAGACCAUCAAAAGUCAAUGUGAAAAAUGAAUGCUACUUAAGUAGUCAUGUUUUACCGAGUACGGUAUCAGCAGGACGUCAAGAAAAAAUGCAUCUAAAAGCCGACAUCCUGGCGAGUUUGAAAUGCUAUAGGAUUGUGCCGCAUGCUAAUUAAUAUUACAACCCCACCUAAGUAAUCCUUCUAAUCGAAAACGAAUAGCAGAAUUUCGACCGACAUUUCAUGAGAUCGGUGUAUACAACUGUCAGCCCAACCACUCAGUCAGGACAAUAGGAACAUGAAAAGCCGUCACGCGGACCACAAAGUUGGACGCUACAGUCGUACCAAUUUUGGUCCUUUGUGGAAUCCAGCAAAUCGAAAGGCCACAAAUUAGGAUCAAGGUCCCCCCAUUUGUUUCCUACGAGAAUUUAAGUUCCUGUGGUAAGCCACUUCGGGUACAGCUAAAGAGUACUUCAUGAGGGUUAUUUAAGAUUCUGGUGUAGUAUUCAUAUUCAACUCAUUUAUGUAGCAACUGUACUCCAAUCACUGGUAGCUGUCAUAGGCCGCCAUCAUAGCACCCGAUCGAUUUAUUUGCUGCGGAGUUCCAACAAUCAACAUCACUCCAUUUCAUCAUAAGGCACUGGUUUCCAAACCUUUUAGGUACCGCAAUCCUGAAAAACCAGUAUGUUCUCGCACACCUUAAAACAGUUUCUAACUAGCGAAUACAAAGCUAUAUUUAAUCAAAUUUUUAAUAAAAAACAAGAAAAUUAGUGAAUCAUUUUAUCCUGUUUUUUGAAUGAACGUUUUUCAAAUCAUGUCAAUUUGUUGCUUAUAUCUAUUUGCAUAUAUGCUUGCGCAUCCAAUCGAUUUGACAAUUUUGUUUUAAUUGAUAAAACGGUUUUAAAUCCUGACUCGCUCAAGUAUGUCGUCACAAAGGGGACUAGCAUAGUGCAAAAAAGCCUGAACUGUUUCCUAACAUGGCAGAGGCACAAUCAGUACAUACAGAACCGCCAAAUGGCUAUCAAAGUAAUGCUUCGCAAAGACGUCCUUCACAUGCUGGAAAACGUAUUUUUCUUCUGUAGAUGUUUUCGUAUCUUCAUCUUUCGUUACGGGAUCCCCCUGGACAUACCUUGUCAAUAUAGUGAGUCGGCUGCAAUUUGCUACAUCAUUUGUUUCACCCAAGUGGAGAGAGAUUUUUUGGGGACUUGCUCUAAUAUCAGCGACAACUUGAUCCACAACUCGCAAAUUUAAAUCACUAAUUCGUCUUUAAAUAGCAUAGUUUGGUAAGGGCACUAAGUAGGACUUGUUUGAGGCUACUAUUCUGAUGCAUACGGUUGCAUUGACUCCUUUAAGUGCAUGGGACUUAUUGCAUUUGAUUACUUUAUACGUCGCUUGCCACUCAGCCAUCAGCAGUGGUUUUUCGGUUAGUACAAAAUCUAAUUUUGGAAGGGUUGCUCGAGAGUCAACUAAACCUCUUUUAGCUUUCAAUGAUUUAAAUUCAUCGGGUGCAAAAUCUGUACCACCAUGUCGAUCGUUGAAAUAUUCCCCAAGUUUGAGCGACUUCAACUGGGCGUCUGAAAAGACGGCUCCAUAAAGUUCGCAUUGGGGUUUUGUACAUCAUCAGUUGUUCAGGUGCAAAUGGAGUUCAACUCCACAUAAGCAUGUUUACAUUUUCUUCUCUUUAACAUCGUGAUGUGUACAUGAGAAUAGAAAAAGAGAUAUAAUAUAAGACUAUGGGCAGAAGAGCAUUAUCGACAAAGACAAAGGAGAAUUAACCAAUUCUGGCUUAUUAGCAGUUGUCAGUCAGUCAUACCCAGCCCCGAAAUGUGGAGCACCUGAGGCUCCAACACACGAGCUCUUGGUUAGAAGUCCAACGGCCUAACCACUGAACUACGGGUUCCCUGUCCUGUCGGUUGCGAUCGAGGAUAUUAGAAUGGUAGAGGAGCGCCCAUUGAUCGUCUCUUCGGAAUGCACUCGUUCCGUUGUGCCUUACGGGCUCACUUUCACAACGGGUGAUUUCCGUAAAGACGAUUCUGAGCGCCCUUCUACCCGCAGACGUAUUGUCCUGCAUCACUUACAUACCAAUAAAAAUCUAACAAUUAUUGGCUAAGGUCGGUGUGAACAGUAGAAGUAGACACAUUAAGGGGAUGACGCAUCCACGGCUAAAUUUUAGGAACCCUAUAUGGUCCCCCUUUAUUGCCGUAGAGAAAUGUGUGGUGUUCCGUAGGCGGAAAAUAUACGGCUUGUAGUUUCUAAAUCCUGAAUUCAAGUGUGACGAUAGAGCGGUUUCAAAAUAAUUUGGGAAUUGGAAAGGUUUUUGAAAACCGAAUUGUACCCCUCUUUCGAGUAUAUGAUUGGCAGAAGACGUUAUUGUCUAUCGAAUAAGCAAAGGAAUAAAUGUGUCUAUGCAUGUUUCCCAUGAAAUAUAAAUGGAUUUCUAAGUGAAUCGAAAAUCAAUGGGAAAAAUACAUGCUACUAAAGUAGUCAUUUUUACGGAGUAUAGUUUCUGCAUGUAGUCGGUAGGAGGUUCUUUCGAAAGCCGGUAUCAUGAGGCAACUGAAUUGUUAUCUAAUAAUACUGUAGACUGCUUCGAUUUCACCCCCACUUAAUUAAUCUUUUUGAAACGAAAACGCAUUUUGGAAUUUCAGUUGAUAUUUCAUGAGUUAGCGUCGCAUGCUACAAGUCAGUAUUGACCACUUUCGACUCUGUCCACUAUUUCAGGCUAGGACGGGAAAGGGAACGGCCAUUCGGUCAUUUUAAGCGAUACCGAGCCUGUUGGCGUUAAUAAUCCUCGGUAAAACGAAAUAACCACGCAGUUCAUCGUGAACUGGUCGUCCGAAAAUACAGCAAAGUCGUUGGGUACUUUUGUUGAAGAGAUAGUUACGGAGGGUGGAAGUUCUCAGCCAUCCCAGUCAAGAGUCGCAGGACUGUGCGGAAGGCCGGUGGAAACCUACAGAAGGUGGGCUAAUUCAUGAAAUGUCAACCGAAAUUCCGAAAUGCGUUUUCAUUUCGAAAAGAUUAAUUAAGUAGGGUUGUAAAACCGAUCAGCCUGCAACAUAAUUCUAUAAUAAAUCAGUUAUGUCAGGAUGUCGGCUUCCGAUAGAUGGUAACGUCUUCUUCUUAUUUUAUACUCGAACGAGGGAUAAAGUUCAGUUUUAAAAAGGUUUCUAAUUGAGGGACUUUUAGACAAAGUGAAAUGGCCGUUCAUAAAUCGUCAUGUCUCUUCAUUGACGAAUGUGGCUUGUAAAGUUAACAAUUUAGAUCAAAUCCACUACUAAUUUUUAUGAAACUUAUAUGGUUCUCCUUUAUUACCGUAGAGGAAUGUGUGGUUUUCCGUACGCGGAAAAUAUACGGUUUGUAAUUUGGAAACCCCGAAUCCAAGCGUAACGGGAGAGCGUGUUCAAACUUAUUCGAGAAUUGGAAAAGUUUCUGAAAACCGAAUUACACAAUUCCUUCGAGUAUAAUAUUGGAAGAAGACGCAAUUGUCUAACAAAUGAGUGAAAGAAUAAAUAUUUUAUGCAUGUUUUCCACGAAAUAUUAUUGGACAUUUAUGGGCAUCGAAAAUCAAUUUAAAAAAUUCAUGCUAACUAAGUAGUCAUUUUUACUGAGUAUAGCUCUUUCAUGCAGCCGGAAGGAAGUUCUUUCAAAAGCCGGUAUCCUGAGGUAGCUGAUAUAUUAUAAAAUUAUGUUGCAGGCUGAUUGGUUUUACAACCACACUUAAUUAAUCUUUUCGAAACAAAAACGCAUUUGCGAAUUUCGGUUUUGAUUUCAUGAGUCAAUCCACCUACAGUAUACUGAUUGAGGGACGCUCACCGACCGUCUUUACGAAUACACUAGUUCCGUUGUGUCUUUCGGGCUCUCUUGCACAAUGGAAAGAGUCAGUUCCGUAAAGACGAUCGAUGAGCGCUUUUCUACCCGUAGAGGAAUUGUUCUACAUCACUUUCAUACCAAUAAAAUCUAACAAUGAUUGCCUGUGGUUGAUGAGAACAGUAUAAGUGGACACAUCAAGGAGAUAGCGCAUCCAUUUAUUAGCUAAUUAUGAGCGCUGUGAAUCUGCCGUAUCACCUUUAAUCGCGUGAAAUCAGUUCCAUUAUCUUGACAGACAGCUUUAACAAAUCUUUUAAAAGGACUGCAUCAUCAUACAUUGGAACUUUGGCGUAUCCUAACCUGCCAUUCAUGGUGUAUGAGGCUGCCGAGUUUGCUGCUGAAGCUGAUCUGAGGACGAAUUUCGGAUUUUAGUCCUCGGAUAUAUUUACCUUUGAGGACGCGCAGUAUGGAUACGAACACAUAUCUGUCCGACUGAGGAACACCAAACAAAUUUUUCCGUAGACUUCCAAACUUUUGUGUGGGAUUUCCUGUCUGGUAAUUUAAGUGACUUGAUUUCCCCAAUUUGCAUAAAAAACAAAAGCGUCUUUUCUCUCCGGCGGUGCUGUUUUUCUAAUUUCUUCCACUUCCUGCAUUCGAUCUGAUGAAUGAUUAUCACCCCCUAGUCAUGGUUAUGUCAGUAAGCUCUAAAUUUGCACGAUGACAUUCAUCCAGCCUGUUGCGUCGACAUGAAGUUUGGAUCCUGUCACAUAGUAACUGACGCUUGCUACACGGAUUCAUUGUACCGUGGCCAUUUUAGCAGGGCGUGGCGCAAAACCUGAAUGAUACACCAUGACCAACUGGAUAGUGCUCACGUUAACACGGACUUCCCUUCUUUACAAUGAUUGAAUUUCUCCUCUCAGAGGGAAGAGAAAGGUGCUUUAUUAUUCAUGACGAUAUUGUGGAAUUCAUAUUGACCCAACUGUGAAAAACUCGGCGCCUUGGUGGGAUUCGAACCCACGCAAUAAGGGGCAGGCUUUAGUACAGCCAGCGCUCUAACCACCUGAGCUACGACGCCCCGCCAGGUGGUUAGAGCGCUGGCUGUACUAAAGCCUGCCCCCUUACUGCGUGGGUUCGAAUCCCACCGAGGCGCCGAGUUUUUCACAGUUGGGUCAAUAUGAAUUAUUCAAAAUCUGUCAAAAUAUCAAUGGAUAUUUUGGAAAACUGUUCGUUUGACCGGUCUAGAUGAAAACACUGCGUCAGUUUGUUGAAAAUACUCAAAAAAUGUACAAUAGGUGGGCUAACUCAUUAAAUCUCAACAGACAUUCUGAAAUGCGUUGCAGUUUCGAAAAAAUUACUUAAGUAGGGUUGUAAAACCAUUCAGCAUGCAGCAUAAUUCUAUAAUAAUUCAGUUACACUAUGACGCCGGCUUUCGAACGAAAUUCUUUUCGGCUGCAUCUAAAAGCCAUACUCAGAAAAAAAUGACUACUCAUGUAGCAUGCAUUUGUUUCAGUGAUUUCUGACGCUCUUAAAGAUUUAUUUAUAUUUCAUAGAAAACGUGCAUGAAAAUAUUUAUUUUUUUUCUCAUUCAGUAGACAAUUACGUCUUCUUUAAACUUUACACUCGACAAAAGGGUACAUUAAGGUUUUAAAGAAGUUUCCAAUUGUGAUAUUUUUAAUACCGUGAAAUGGCCCUUCAUAAAUCGUCAUGUCUCUGUAUUUACCAAUGUGUCUUGUAAAGCUAACAAUGUGGCUCAAAUACACUGCUUAAUUUUAUGAAACCCUCAUGGUCUUCUCUUAAUAACGUAGAAAAAUGUGUGCUUUUUCGUACGCGGAAAAUAUAAUGCUCGUAGUUUGGAAAAUCUGAAUGUAAGUGUAGCGGCAGGCCGGGUUAAACAUUAUUUCGGAAUUAGAAAGGUUUUACAAAAUUAAGUUAUACCCUUCCUCCGAGUCAAAAUUCAUAGAAAACAUGAUUUUCUACUAAAUGAUCCAAAAAGUGAAUAUUUUUAUGGGUGUUUUCCAUGAAAUAUAGUUCAAUAUUUAAGGACAUGGAAAAUCAAUGGGAAAAAUUCAUGUUAUUUAAGUAGCCAUUUUGUCAGCGUGUACUUUGCGCAUAAAGCCCGAAAGUGAUUUGUUUAAAAGCGGGCAUCCGCAGGUAACUGAAUUAUUAUAGAAUUGUGUUGCAAGAUCAUUGGUUUUACAACCCUACUUAAUCAAUUUUUUCGAAAUGAAAACGCAUUUCGGAACCUAUGUUGAGAUUUCAUGACCGUCGUUACCGAUGAUGACCACCGUGUGUUUUACAGCAAGGUAGGAGCAGUAAAGGUGGCUUGUGCGUGAAUUAGUUUAAAGUUUACAGAGCAUCUACUGUGCUCUUUCAUCCUACUCCCAAUCCACAGGUAGUCACAAAACGACCAACAGGGUAUGCAGAAUAAGGGUCCCGACAAAUGCAAGGGAUUGGACAUUUCCGACUCAUUAACCGUCAUCAGUCAGGCAUAGUCAACCGGCAUUCGAACCCGAGAUCCUCGGCCAUUGAGUCAAAAGAUCUACUAACUGAGCCACGGGUCGCAGUAUCUGAUCUAGCCCAUGACAUUUUAGCCGAACUCGGCAAAAGUGUUUCCGAUUAAAAAGCAUUUUCCAUGUGGGGUUGUAGUAUUGAUUUUCGCGCAGCUUGCCACCAGGAUAAUUCAGUCGCGCCGGAAUGCCGGUUGUUUUUGAUGAGCUUCUUUUCGGCCGACUCAGAAAACCAAACGGGGUAAAAAAAGGCUACUUGAGUGGUACGAAUUUGUCCUAUUGAUUUCCGAUAAACUUCUAAAUUUAAUUACGUUUUGUGGAAAACACGCACAGAAUCGUACUUUUGCACUCAUUUGGUAGCAAAUUACGCUGUCUAUAAGGAAAGAUGGUUUUCGGCUACAGAAAAUUUUAGUUCUUAAUAACUGUAAACCCAAGCCGUAACUGCGCUGGCGUUUAGGGUUCCCAAACCACAAGUUGCUUGCAUUGUGUAGAAAGAAAAAGGUACCACGUAGACCCUACAAGAGUUUGUAAUGGAUGCUGACCAUUUAACAUGCUUCAUACGCUGCAUUAGUAUGUUAAGGCACAGAUUAGGCAAUGCCAUUUAAAUGGGCAUUUCACGGGCUUGCAACGUCUCUUAUUUGAAGGUCCUUUAAGCGAAGAAAAUACACCCAGUUUUCAAGUAUAAGCGUUAAGGCAAACGUAACCGACUUCCGAAUGAGAAUAGGAAGGAAUAUAUGUUUGUGUAUGCCUUUUAUAAAAUAUAUCUGAGCCUAUAGGGGCAUUAAAAGUAAGCUAAAAUUAUGCAAUUUAAACAGCAAAGUUAGCUAACUUUUUAUUUCCAUGCGGCCGGAUGCAAGUGCAUUAAAAUUUCAGCACCCCGCCGUGGCUUAAUUAUCUAGAAAUUACACUAUGUAGUCUAACUCAUAAAUCCUGAUGAUGGAAAUUGAGACGACCAAUUUUGAACAGCUAGAAUGCUGCACAUUUUGCUUCUUCGGCUAGCCUUUACCGGGAAGCGUCGUUUUUGUACUCAAAUCGUGUUUAAAAAUAAUUUUGUCUGUCCAAACUUUUACAGCUUUGGUCGAAAGUCCGCAUUACCUUAUCUUACGCCGUUGUUAUGUGCUAAUGCCUAUUUUUAACUUAGUUUGCGCAACCGCGACUGGUUUUAAGGAAAUGGAGUCAGUCAGUCAGUGUAUUUGAGGGAAAUAGGCUUACGCCUUUGAACUCCCUAUUUGUACAUAAAAAAUCGAUAAACAAGCAAAAAUGUGAAGAAACAUCCAGCAUUAAGUGAAUGCAUACAUUGAUUCACAUAUGUCACUAGUCACAUGGUUAAAAAGUCACAUAGUCCGCUUGUUGCUGCAGCAUAUAUCUGUCAAGGCGACAUUUAAAUGUCUCCACAGAUUGAGACAUAACAACCGUCUCGGGCAGGUUAUUCCACGGUUCCAGGACACGGUUGGAGAAGAAAUAUUUUCUCACAUUCAGUCUACCCUGUGGCACACGUAGCUUGAAGGGAUGUCCCCGGAGGUGAGUUGUGGUGGCGAGUUGGAAAAAGUCAUCGCACCGAAGGGCACAAUCCAAGCCGCGCACGAUACGGAAAGCUUGUAUCAUGUCUCCGCGCAACUGCCUAUAACUCAGAGGAUAGAGAUUAAGGUUAGUUAAGCGGAUCUCGUAUGGCAGUGCACUUUGACCUCUUACUAAUUUUGUGGCUCGCCUCUGCACCCGUUCGAGCAGAUCGUAAUCCUGGUGCGUCCACGGUCUCCAGGCCUGAAUUGCAUAUUCGAGAUGGGGCCUUAUAAACGUGCCGAAGACUUUGGUGAAGCAGUCUUCAUCGAAAACUACGAAUGCCCGCUUGAUGGCAUAUAGCAUUGACGUUGCGGCCUUGGCCGCCUUACAGCAUUGUGUAGAAGGCUUUAGGCUGUCUACAACCCAAACUCCGAGAUCUUUCUGAGUUUCUGCUUCUCGGAGUGGCAUUCCGUUCAGAUGGUAUUGCCGCGUACUAGGGCUCUGAUUUCCGAGGCGCAGAAUGGUGCAUUUGUUCAAAUUGAAGGACAAGAGCCAUCUGCGGGACCACUCGUCCAACCGACAAAGAUUUUCUUGGAAGUUGGUCUCAUCGGCAGCAUUCUGGAUGACUUUCCUGAUUUUUAUGUCGUCCGCAAACAUAGCACAAUCACAGUCCAACCCAUCUACGCAAUCAUUGAUGAACGAGAGAAAGAGAGUUGGUCCGAGCACCGAGCCUUGUGGGACCCCACUCUCUAUGAAUGUGCACCUUGA